AUGGCAUUAAAGAAGGAAAACGUAACACAUAUAAAGCACAGUCCAAACAAUGAACUACAGUCAAAGAUCAACCAAGAAACGACUUUUCUAGUCAAAUCAAGCACCCCCUACAUCUCAGCAAUUAAGAGAAUCAAAAAGAUUCUAGAAAAAUUCGAUAAAACAACUCUCCCCAAUAAGAAAUAUCAACGGGGUGAUUAUAAGAAAGUCAAGUACAUACUGGUGAAAGGCAUGGGUAAGGCGAUUGAGAAAACCCUAUCGAUUGGGUUGAACUAUAAAGAGGAUUUGAAGUACAAAGUUGAUAUAAUUACCGGAACGGUGGAAGUAUACGAUGAGUUCCAACCAAAAAUUGAUAGCGAAGAUGAAGACGAAGCCGAAUCAAGUAUCGAGAAAAGACGCGUGAGCUACGUGGAAAUUAGAAUCUGGUUGAAACGUGAUGCUACUUAA